AUGAGUGAACAAUGUCAGUUGAUUUGGAUUCCAGAUGCCGAAGAGGUGUUUGUGAAGGGGCAGUUGACCUCCACAAAGACUAUUAAGAACAAGCAAAACAAACUUGAGCAGGUAUUUAAGGUUAAAGUGAAAGAUAGCGAGCGUGAGGUUCUUGAGAGGCUAACAUGUGCGGUCAAUCCAACUACUUUUGAUAACAUAGACGAUAUGUCGGAAUUGACACAUUUAAAUGAACCCUCUGUGCUAUACAACUUGGAGAAUCGUUUCAAGGACGGUCUAAUAUAUACCUAUUCCGGGCUUUUCCUUGUAGCAAUGAAUCCUUACAGUAGUAUGAAGAUUUAUACCCAAGAAUACGUUAAUUUGUAUCACGGGUCACCCAAGGAAGACAACAAACCGCAUAUCUUUGCUGUUGCAGAACAAGCAUAUAGGAAUUUGUUAACGCAGAAGCAAGACCAAAGUAUAUUGGUUACAGGUGAAUCGGGCGCGGGUAAGACCGAAAACACGAAAAAGAUCUUGCAAUAUUUGGCAUCAAUUACAUCAGAUGAGAAGCUAUUGCUGAAAAAUUCAGAAUCGUUUGAGCGGAAGAUUCUUCAGUCUAAUCCAAUAUUAGAAGCGUUUGGUAACGCUCAAACGGUUCGUAAUAAUAACUCCUCUAGAUUUGGGAAGUUUAUUAAGAUCGAAUUUGAUGGAUCUGGCAAGAUAAACGGAGCACACAUAGAAUGGUAUUUGCUAGAGAAGUCAAGAGUGAUCCACCAGAAUUCAAGAGAACGUAACUAUCAUGUAUUCUACCAAUUGUUGGCAGGAAUGCCACGGGAGGAUUUAGAAGAGCUCGGAUUGACGUCAAACUCAGUAUCACAUUAUUCCUACUUACGUGAUUCAAAUCCAUGUAUCCCAGGUGUUGAUGAUGCACAGGACUUUCGCGAACUUUUAGCCGCUUUUGAUAUCGUUGGUUUACCUCAAGAAGGAGUAAAAGAAAUAUUAACAUGCAUUGCCACAAUUCUACACAUUGGUAAUGUGGAAUUUCACUCGAACAAAACGGAGCAGGCGUCAAUCAAGAGUGAUAUUUCUCCGUUAAGCAAGUUGUUGGGAGUUGAAGAGGCGGAAUUUAAGGCGGCUGUUUUAAAACCUAGGUCUAAAGCUGGUAAAGAAUGGGUAACUCAAGCAAAAAAUGCAACGCAAUCGCGUUUUAUUUUAAAUUCCUUGUCGAAGUCACUAUAUGAAAAGUUAUUUGCAUAUAUAGUACAAAGAAUAAACCAGAAUUUGGAUCACGGCUCAACUACUGAAAACUAUAUUGGAUUACUUGAUAUUGCAGGGUUUGAAAUAUUUAAGGACAAUUCUUUCGAACAAUUAUGUAUAAACUACACGAACGAAAAAUUGCAGCAAUUCUUCAAUCAUCACAUGUUUGUCUUGGAGCAAAGCGAGUAUUUGAAGGAAAAUAUCCAAUGGGAGUAUAUUGACUUUGGAAAAGACUUACAGUUUACAGUCGAUUUCAUUGAGAAAAAAAAUCCCGCAGGUCUUCUUUCCAUUCUCGAUGAAGAAUCCAUUCUACCACAAUCAACCGAUGAAUCCUUUUAUUCAAAGUUAAUUUCAUCUUGGGAUGGUAAAUCAACAAAGUUUAAACGAUCAAAACUUCCGAAGUCUUUUAUUGUGGAACACUACGCGGCUGAUGUUGAAUAUAAUGUAGAUGGUUGGUUAUCAAAGAAUAAGGACCCAAUAAAUGACAACUUACUAAGGCUACUAUCAAACUCAUCGAACAGGUUAAUAUCGAUUCUAUAUUCAGAGCAAGCACGGGCUACUUUUGGGAGGACAGCUGCAAGUCGUCAUAAAGAACAGCUAAGUAUCUUACUUGAUGUGCUAUCAUCCACAGAUCCUCACUUUGUCAGGUGCAUAGUUCCCAACACAAAAAAAAAGGCCAAGAAGUUCGAUAGAAGGUUGAUUUUAGAUCAGUUACGAUGUAACGGUGUUUUGGAAGGCAUUAGAAUUGCGAGGGAGGGUUAUCCAAAUCGUAUCUUCUUCAAGGAGUUUUAUCAAAGGUAUAAAAUACUUGCCGGUAAUGAUAAAUUUUCGAACAGUUCAAAGAAGAAUUGUGAAAUAUUACUAUCCCAUUUGAAUUUAGAUCAAAAGGUAUAUAAAAUUGGUAACACUAAGUUGUUUUUCAAGGCAGGUGUAUUGGCAGAAUUGGAAUUGGAAAAAGAAGAGAAGGUUGCUAAAAUUGUAACUAAGUUUAGCGCCCAUGUCCAGGGGCUGCUGGUUAGGAACUCAAAAAGACGUGAGCUUCAAAAAUUACAAGCAGCAAAGGUGUUAAGUAUGACGUUUAAUACUUAUUCGCGUCUGAUGAAGGACCCAUGGUACAAUUUAUAUAUUAAAAUUAAGCCAUUGUUAGGGUCCUCUCAAUUUAUAUUGAAGUCUAAGAAAAUUGCUGAGCAAAUGAAGCUUUUACAAAAGGAUUUAGACUCUGCCCAUGAUGAAAUGGAACAACUUCAGAACAAAAAUAUAGACGUUGAGAAAGAAUUGUCCGAAGUUCGAACUUUACUUUCUAGUGAAACAGAGAAAUUGAACAAUUAUCAACAACUAUAUGAUUCUGCUAAGAAAAGAGAAGAAAAAUUGCAGCUUGCAUUCAACCAAGUUGAAAAACUGAGAGAUACCCUACAAUCACAAAAUUCCUUAAAGCAAGAGGCAUACGAAAAGCUUCAGAGUGAAUUGGAACAACUGAAGGUUUUAAAAGAUGAGAAUGUUGCAAAACUACAGCAAGUUGAAGCAGAGAAGACUAAGUUGCAGAACAUACUCGAUGAAUUGAAAUCUCAGAUAGAGGGUAGCGAGCAUAAUUUAUGUAAACUCAAACAGGAAAAACUUGCGUUAGAGGAGGAACUAGAAACGUUGAAGAACAAGCUACAAUCUAGAGAAAACCAAGUGAAAGAGUUAGAGGCUAAGGAGAACGCUGCGAAUGAAGAACUAACUAUUAAGGUGCAGCAAUUGGAAAAAGGAGUUGGCGCAACAAACAGAAGGUUGGAAGAAGUCAUUAAUGAAAACAAAAACCUCAAGUUUGAGAUAUCAAGAGCGAAAAAAGAGCACCAGGAGGCUCUACAGAAUUUGGCAUCUAAAAACAAUGAAUUAGUUAGACUGGCUGAGCGUUACGAGGCAGAGAAUGCUCAAAUAGCUGACUUAACUAAGGAGCGUGAUAACUUGGUUGCAGAUUAUGAAUCAGUCACUGAAGACUUAAAGCAAGCAAGAAAUGAGUUGGCUGAUGUUAAAAAAAAAUAUCAGGAACUUCAAAUUUUGAAUAGUACUGUGAAAGAAACAGUGUUAAAACCAGCCUCCACUUCCCCAAGUUCGGCUGAAAACCGAGUGCGUGGGUUAGAGGAAGAAUUGAUAAAGGAACGUGCUAUGAACAGGUUCUUGAAUGAAAAGUUGUCUUCUGGUCAUCAUGGCAGCAGUGUUCGUGAUUUUCAAACAAAAGAUCAGGUUACGCAUGAGGAAUUCAUGGCGAACUAUGAAGAAAUGAAAUUAAAGCUGAGAAAAUUGUCUUUCAGGUUAGACAAAGAAGUUGAAGAAAAGAAGGAGUUAGUAUCCCGUCUAAGAUUUAUUGAAGCAAGACUAGCCUCAGCUUCCUUUGAUAAUCAAACAAUAUGUGCUCAAUUGAAAAAGUUGAAAGAUCUGGUGAGCAAGUCAAACUUGAAUAUUAAUAUGGAAAAGGAACUAGAAGAAGUUGAGGUAAUUGAGUUCAAUCAUGAGAAGUUAUUACUAGAGGUCGAUUACUUGAAACGACAGUAUGAGAAUGAGAAGAAUUUACGUAUCAACGCUGAACAUGUCGCAUCUUCACUUCACAGUAAAUUCCGAUUAAUACAACGGUCUGACUCCGUACCUGAUAUAUACAAACUCAAAUAUGAAGCAAGUGAGGAAAUGCUCAGAGCCUUGGAGAAUAAAAUGAUGGCGUCGCCACCUAGGGAUAAAAUUGGGGUCGCUAAGGGCGAAAUCUUUUUACACCGUGAAAGCUUCUCUAAAUAUGAAGAAGAAUUAAAGCUGCACAAAUUGGAGAAUUACAAAUUGCAAGACUAUUUAAAGGAAGCUAAUAAGAAGAUUAAUGCUUUAACUCACGAUAUUAAGUUAUCUAAAACUACAGAAGCCGAGUUGAAGGAACAAAUAGCCCAUUUAGAAAGGGACCUAAAUGCAACUGAAAAACAGAAGCAGUUGUUACAAAGCAGCGUUAGGCAUCAUCAAAAUCAGUACGAGAACUGUAUGAUUGAUCUACAUGCUACUGAGACGCAAAUGAGGGACUUGGUGCAUUCACUAAAACAAUCGGAAGAAGAUAUUCAGACUAUCACAGACAAGAUCCAGGAAUUGAGAUCUCAAAAUAAGCAGAAGGAAGUAUUUAUUUGGGAAUUACAGCAAACAGUAAGUGAUUUAGAAGGUAAACUUGGUGAACGUAAUCUAGAACUGCAAAAGUUAGAUUCCUUAUAUACAGCUCUGACUGAAGAUCUCGAGCAUUUUAAGGAGCGGGCAAAGGUUGGCGAAGACAAGACGAAGUACUUAGCUAAACUAGACAGGCUGAAGACUGAGUUAGGCUCUUCCUUGAGGAACGAAACGGAACUAAAGAAAGAGAUCGCCAAUCUGAUGUACCAAAAAGACACAUUAAUUGCUGAAGCUGAUUCUAAAAUCAACAACUUACUCUUACAAAAUAGCCACUAUGAGAAAGUCGUCCAGGAUAUGGGUGCGCAAAAGGAACUCUCAGAAGCAGCACAAAAGGCCCUUCAGUCAAAAGUUGAAUCUUUGGAAGCCGUUGCUAAGAAUUUGACUGAUGAGCUAAAUGCCAUGGCAAAGGUAACAAAACAACUAGAAACCGAAAGGGAAUACCUUCAAUCUAGGCUGCAAGAUUCAAGUACUGAUUUCAAAAAAUCUUUAUCAGAAUGGCAUACAACUGUUGGUGAACUUGAACAACUAAAAGAAUCUCUCAGUUUACAGCAACAGCAAACGGAAAGAAACGAAGCUCUUGUGGAAAAGUUACAAGCCGACGUUCAAUUAUCGAAAAAGAAGCUCAAUGAAGAAAAGGAGAAGAACAUUGACCUCUUCGAGGAGAACCAGGCAUUGGGUAAAGAGAAGACAGAACUUGUUCAGCAAAUUACAAACUUAGAGCAGGAACUUGCCGACACUACAGAAAAAAAGGCAUGGUUAGACAAGAUUCACGAUUUGGAAAACAAAUUAAAGAAAGAAUCUGAAUUACGUUAUGAAGAGAUGAAGAAGAACCAAUAUUUGGCUCGCACUGCAGAAGAUCUAAGAAAUGCCGCAGCGGAGAGUGGUAAUCUGCUAUCUGAGACCGCUAGUGGAAAGGAAAUGGUCGAGAGACAGUUGGAGGAAUUUAGUGUUCGCGUUGAUGACAUGGAGAAAUAUGUUUCUUUACAAGAGGUUGAUAUUAGGAAGUUAGAGAAGGAAAAAAUUUAUUACAUGGACAGAGUUAGUGAAUUGGAACGCGAGUUAUUGCUAUGGCAAGAAAGAUAUAAGGGUUUGUCUUCUCAUCGUAGAUGUAUGCCUCAGCCAACAGAGGAAGUUUUCAUCUGA